AUGCCACAAUUGGAGAAGGAAAUGGACCAGAUGAGAAAGGUUAUGGUGGAGAUGAGAGAGAAUAUGAGAAGGGCAAAUCCACUAAAGGAUCUAGUCCACCGAACAGAUUCCCCUUUCACAGCUUCCAUCAACAGUCACCCCUUGCCUCCAAAGUUCGAGAUGCCUUCAUUGGAUUCAUACGAUGGAGCACGUGACCCAUUUGAUCAUACAGCCACUUUCAAGACUACCAUGCACCUUCAAGAAGUCCUAGAUGAGAUUAUGUAUAGAGCCUUCCCUACCACUCUCAAAGGACUGGCGGAAGCCCUAACCGUGGACGAGGUGGAUGACAAGCUACUCUUGGCGGCCUUCCAUAAUAAGGUUAGUUCUAAUUUAUCCAUCCACAAGCUAUAUGAGAAGGAGCCUCAAUCCAUGGCUGAACUCAUUCAUUCGGCCCGAAACUUUAUGAAUGCAGAGGACGCAAUCAUAGCCAAGAAGAGGAAAAGAGCUGAGAGAAUGGAAGCACACCCCGCACGCCACUCAGAAGAAGGUCCUUGUCCAAAGAAGGGACGAAUGGAAGAUAAGAAGGAACUAGAUAAUAGGAAGACGGGUUCGUCCUCAGGAAGAAGUCAGAACUACACGCCCUUAAACGCUCCACUCGAUCAGGUGCUUAUGCAAAUCAAAGAUGACCCUUCUUUCAAGUGGCCAGAGAAGAUGAAAGGAGAUCCCAAUAAGCGCAAUAAGAAUAAAUAUUGUCGCUUCCAUAGAGAUCAUGGGCAUGACAUGGACGAGUGUUAUGAUUUGAAGCAGCAAAUCGAGAAUCCCAUUAAACAAGGAAAGUUGAGGCACUUCGUUGGAAGGGAUCAUAAAGAUGAGAAGUUGAAGGGAAAGAUGGAAGAAUCAUCACAGCCCCCCACUAGGAGAGAUAAGGGUUAUCAUAGGAGGGACUUCGACGGGACAGUCUUCCAAGUCAAAGAAGACGUAUCUCAAAGUGGUGCAAAACAUCCAACUCUUUGGACGAUCCCCAAGGACGAUAGGAAUUAA